UUUCUUUAGCAGACACGGGAGUGGAACAAAUCAUAAGAGGAAAGAUGACUGCUCAUCUCAAAGGAGAAAAAACUCAAGUUUUACCUGACUUUCAACAUCUGAAUGACUUGGCGUGUGAAGCUGUAGGAGGAAAGGUUUUAUUUGCAACAGAUGACUUUUUUGCUCCUGCAGAGAAUCUCUUAAAGAAAAAGAGUCCAGUUUUUAAACCAGAUGAAUUUACUGAUUAUGGCAAGUGGAUGGAUGGAUGGGAGACAAGGAGGAAAAGGAUUCCAGGACAUGAUUGGUGUAUUAUCCAGUUGGGAGUACCAGGUAUUGUCCAUGGAUUUGAGGUAAACACAUCUUUCUUUGCUGGAAACUGUGCUCCUCGUAUAUCAAUUCAAGCAGCAUGUCUGACGCAAGUGGAUUUACCAGAGGUUUGGCCAAGAGGGGACAGGAUAGGAACUGCAGCUUCAGAUGAAGAGUUAAAAGCUGUCAAGAAGAUGAAGUCAGAUGAAUGGACUCUUCUGGUUCCUAUGAAAGAGUUAAAACCAAGAUACCUUGAUACUAGCUACAAUUAUUUUUCUUCCAGUUGUAAGAGGAAAUGGACUCACAUAAGGCUCAAUAUCUAUCCAGAUGGUGGGAUUGCACGUUUCAAAGUGUAUGGUGUUGUUCAGAAAGAUUGGUCAGCUUCUGGCCCAAAUGACUUGGAUGACUUGGUGGCAAUGGAGAAUGGAGGUAUUUGUGUUGGAUUUAGCAGUGCUCAAUUAGGCCACCCAAGAAAUAUUCUAGGGCUAGGAAGAGCAACAUCCAUGGAAGAUGGUUGGGAAACAGCAAGAAGACCGGACAGGCCACCAGUUUUAAAAGCUGAUGAGAAAGGUAUCCUCCUCCUGCCAGGGAGUGAAUGGGCAGUUUUCCGGUUGGCACAUCCUUGUGUAAUAACUCACAUUGAAAUAGACACUAAUCACUUUAAAGGUAACUUUCCAGAUACUUGCAAACUCGAGGCCUGUGUUUUGAACACACAAGAAGAAAAAGAUUGUAUAACACAGAAAUGGAACCUUAAACAGAAUCCAAAAUGGAAUCCUUUGCUUUCUGUUACAAAGCUUAAGCCUAACAAGAGGCAUUUCUUUGACGGUACUGCCCUGCAAAUGCAGGAUGUAAUCACUCAUGUGAGACUCGUUAUUGUUCCUGAUGGAGGUGUAAGUAGGAUGCGUCUCUGGGGUUUCCCACGGACUCUGUUUUAUACAAGCAAAUGAAUGAAGAGGAUUUUCUAAAAAAGGCUUUAAGAGUUAUAGAAUGGAUGUUCACUUUUCCCCCCGUUAUAUAAACUUGAAUAUAUUAAUUGAACGGUACACAUGCAUUAAACUAAGCAUGACUUUUCCCCAGCAAUAAUUCAAACAUAACAAUUCUGUAUGUAUUAUGGCUGUACAAUAAUACAAUGACUUCUCUACUCCUAGGAAUAUAAUGAAUGUAAUAUAUUUUUGCUGAAAUGUAUUUUUUGGGGAAAAUCAAUCAAUGAUAACACAGUGCACUCCUGGGUGAUCAUAGCUCAUCUUUGUGAGAAUCAGAAUUGAAGGCCUAAUUAUUUUAACCACUACGUAAAUCCACUAAUUACCCUAAAAUGCACUGCCUGCAGUCACUUACUGGUGAAAAGAAAUGGCAUUUUGAAAUAAAAAUAAAUCAGAGACAGGCUCUGCUUUAUUGUUAUGUCUGUCUUAAUUAUAAGCCAGUCAAAAAGCUCUACUUAUGUUCUACUGCUUUCACUCAUGUCAAUUAUUUUGCCAAGAUUCCAAACCCUAAGAAGAAAGACAGGUUGUCUCUCUCUGUCAACCUCAAGUUUGUGUGUGUGUCAAUAUAUUGGUGGAAUUUGGAAACGUAUUUCUUUAUGAAAACACAUAGAAUGAUUUUAACCCUCCUUUUCCUUGCACUUUUUUGCUGUAACCUAACACCCAAAUAUUGUCUGUUUCUCUACCAGCUUAGGCUAAGAUUUUCAAAACUGAGUGCUUAAAGUUAUGUUGCUAAAUCUAUAUUUAGUGAUCUAAAUCAGUGACCUGAUUUUCAAAAAUGCUGAGUAUCCCGGAGUUCUCUUUGACGUCAGUGGGAGCUAUUGGGUGCUCAGCACUUAAAAAAUCAGCAAAAAGAAGAACAGGAGUACUUGUGGCACCUUAGAGACUAACAAUUUGUUAGUCUCUAAGGUGCCACAAGUACUCCUGUUCUUCUUUUUGCGGAUACAGACUAACAUGGCUGUUACUCUGAAACUUAAAAAAUCAGGUCACUGAAUUAAGUGCCUAAAUAUGGCUUCAGAAGCAUAGCUCUAAGCACCCAGUUUUGAAAAUUGUGACCCUGGGCCUAGAUUAUACUGAAUGAGGCAACAUUUCUUUUGGAGAGAAAAAAGUGCUCAGCAUAGGGCUGAUUGCACGUGGCAUGGCGAGGCUUUUUGUGUGAUGGCACAUGAUCAUGAUACACUGCAGAUAGGAAAAGGUGGCCCUAUGCACCUCUCAUUUGCACCAUUGCUUCUGAGGGGAAGUGGUGUGAUGGUGAUGGAGAGUAGUAGUUGGGGCCAUGGGCAGGCAUCCUUAUGGGUGUGUGUGUGUGUGUGUGUGUGUGUGUGUGUGUUAAAGUUUUUGUACUCAAGCUUAUAUUGUAGUAAUUAAAAUGCCGCAUGAUAUAUAUGAAGGCAGAUACGGCAAACAAUUUUCUGGAAUUAUGCAUAAUAAUUGAAUGUAACAUAGCAUUGUCUGUAACAAUUAUGGAGGCACUUGGCAGUGAUUCUAUAGUUAAAACGGAAUUGUCCAUGAAAUGGGGACUGUUUUGUCUUUAUAUGUAAGUGGUCUUUCACGAUGAAAUUUGAUAUAAUGUAUAUUUUAUAUAGGGUCAAAACUGGGUAUUAUAGAAUUGUGUCUGACUUUACUUGUUUAAUGCACUGUAUUUGGGAGCAUUCAAAAUAUGUUGUGGCAUAACAUAUACUGUUUGUAAUCUAUGCUUUUGAUUUACACCUAAUUAAUAUUUCUGACAUCAUUAGUAUUAUGUUAUUUAUCACUCUUAUGAAGUGUCAGUGAAAAGUGCUUACUCUGUAAUACUACAAUCUAUCCAAGGUAUUUGUGAUCCCCAUCUUUAAUGUGUUUCUCCUCAUAACACCCUGCUGGGUAGGGAAAUGCAAUUAUCCCCGUUUGCAGAUGGAGAAUGGAGACACAGAGAGAUUAAGCACCUUGCUAAAUGUCACACAAGAAACCUAUUGCCGAACAGGGGAUUAAACCCACAAGUGCCAGGCCAGCACCCUCCCCACUGGACCAUCCUUCCUCUCAUGAGUCAUCUAAUAUGUGUAAUGUCUUGUUCUAAGAAUGAAGCUUUUCUCCAUUUUGUUUCUUAACCCUUAUUGCUUACUUUGUAUUCUAUCCUUUAGUUUGCAUAAUAAUUUGUGGCCAUGCUGUGUGGUGCUAUAAUAAAGAAAUUCCCAUUUUCUAUUA